AUUGAUUGGGUACCUAUCGACUCUCAAGGACCGAUUGCAAAACCACCAGCACCUCUGACCGUAUAUGGCGGCAAUGUCUCAACUGCCGAACCAGAGCUCCAAAAGCCAGACGCUAAGCAUGGUCCUGCGGGAACUGUACCUAUCCCAAGAGUCGACCCCGCCUAUUUGAACAACGUACCCACGAAACGACUUCCAGACGGGAAACGAUCUCCGAAUUCUAAAUCCAAGAGACAGUACAGCGGCACCCACUGGUAUGUCAGUUCUACCCAGUACGUGGCCAACAUUGGUGGAUCCGCUGCCUUUAGUAUUUUCAAGGCAUUUGUCAACAACAAAGCCGACUUCUCCCUCCUCCAGACUGCAGUCACGCACUCCAGUUCCAACGGUAUCCAGACCCUAGAAGCAGGGUGGAUUAACUACCCGAAUCAAGUGUCCGCCCCUCAUCUUUUCACCUAUUAUACGACAAACGGCUACAAAUCACAAGGAAAUGGGGUUGGCGGAUGGAACCGUGACGUUUCAGGUUGGGUCCAAUACGACACCUUGAUCUUUCCCGGCACUGUUUUCUCCCCCAAUAACGUCGACGGAAACACGGGCGCUCAGUACGAAAUCCAAAUCCAAUACCUUUUGUACCAAGGCAACUGGUGGCUCUGGGUUCGCGACCGGUGGAUCGGGUACUACCCAGCCUCUCUUUUCAGCGCGCACACUUCUGGUGUCACUUUGGCAACCGGAUCAGACAGCAUCUACUACUAUGGAGAAAUCUAUCAGUCUGAAGGUCCUGUAACUACUACGGAUAUGGGAUCCGGAGAGUUUGCGGAAAAGGGUUUUGGUCGUUCGGCGUAUAUUCACAACAUGGUUUAUUUUGAUUCGACAGGAACGCAUGAUUACACUGCAGGGUUCUGGGAUUCGGAUUCGAAGAAGUGGGAUCAUCGGAAUGUGGUGUCGAGUGGGACAAAUUGGGGUAGUUAUGUGUAUCUUGGUGGGCCCGGUGCUGGUGGGAAAGUG